ACUUUCUUGAUAACAUGCUUUUGCGAAGUUCUGGAAAAAUAAACGUGGGCACCAAGAAAGAGGAUGGUGAGAGCACAGCCCCCACCCCUCGCCCGAAGAUCUUACGUUGUAAGUGCCACCACCAUUGUCCAGAAGAUUCGGUCAACAACAUUUGCAGCACUGACGGAUACUGUUUCACGAUGGUAGAAGAAGAUGAGUCCGGGAUGCCCGUGGUCACUUCCGGAUGCCUGGGACUAGAAGGCUCAGAUUUUCAGUGUCGGGACACUCCCAUUCCCCAUCAAAGAAGAUCAAUUGAAUGCUGCACAGAAAGGAAUGAAUGCAACAAAGACCUGCACCCCACACUGCCUCCACUGAAAAACAGAGAUUUUGUUGAUGGACCUAUACACCACAAGGCUUUACUUAUAUCUGUGACUGUCUGUAGUUUGCUCUUGGUCCUCAUCAUUUUAUUCUGUUACUUCAGGUAUAAGAGACAAGAAACCAGACCCCGGUACAGCAUCGGGUUAGAACAGGAUGAAACUUACAUUCCUCCCGGAGAAUCCCUGCGGGACCUCAUCGAGCAGUCCCAAAGCUCAGGAAGCGGAUCAGGCCUCCCUCUGCUGGUCCAAAGGACUAUAGCUAAGCAGAUUCAGAUGGUGAAACAGAUUGGAAAAGGUCGCUACGGGGAAGUUUGGAUGGGAAGGUGGCGUGGCGAGAAGGUAGCUGUGAAAGUGUUCUUUACCACCGAGGAGGCCAGCUGGUUCAGAGAGACAGAAAUAUAUCAGACGGUGUUGAUGAGGCACGAAAACAUUCUGGGCUUCAUUGCUGCAGAUAUCAAAGGGACAGGGUCUUGGACCCAACUGUACCUAAUCACAGACUACCACGAAAACGGGUCCCUUUAUGACUAUCUGAAGUCCACCACGCUGGACAGUAAAUCCAUGCUGAAGCUGGCCUAUUCUUCCGUCAGUGGCUUGUGUCACCUGCACACUGAAAUCUUUAGCACCCAAGGCAAGCCGGCCAUUGCCCACCGAGACCUGAAAAGUAAGAACAUCCUGGUGAAGAAGAAUGGAACUUGCUGCAUAGCAGACCUGGGCCUGGCUGUCAAAUUUAUUAGUGACACAAAUGAAGUUGACAUACCCCCCAACACUCGAGUCGGCACCAAACGCUAUAGCCCGGAAGUGUUGGACGAGAGCUUGAACAGAAAUCACUUCCAGUCGUACAUCAUGGCCGACAUGUAGUUCGGACUCAUCCUCUGGGUCGCUAGGAGAUGUGUAUCAGGAGGUAAGGACCGGUAUCGUGAAGAGUAUCAGCUGCCCUAUCAUGACCUCGUGCCCAGCGACCCUCAGGAGGACAUGAGAGAGAUCGUGUGCAUCAAGAAGUUACGCCCCUUUCCCAACCGCUGGAGCAGCGACGAGUGCCUGCGGCAGAUGGGCAAGCUCAUGUCCGAGUGCUGGGCGCACAGCCCCGCGUCCAGGCUGACGGCCCUGCGCGUGAAGAAGACGCUUGCCAAGAUGUCAGAGUCGCAGGACAUCAAGCUCUGAUGGCCGAGCCGAAGUGGGCGUCUCUGCACGUGGCCGACGGGCACCCUUCUGCCUGGGGGCGGAGCGCAGGUGUCAAAGGAGCAUCCUCGGUGUGCCGGCCUUGGACACCGUCCUGCCACCCCGCGGGUGUGGCCCUCGCCUCUCAGGGAGCCACCAGGAUAGUGACAGCCACGUUCCCGGAAGCACAGACUGACCCGCGUGGGUACCUUGUGCAAGAUAUAGGAUGCAUGUUGCUUUCUAAGAAAGCCCUGUAUUUUGGGAUUGCCUCUUUUUUUUUUUUUUUUAAAGAUGCUUUAAUUUUUGCCAAAAUAAAACAAAUAAUGUGGGUGUUUUAAGGGUGAUAUUAGUAUAGUUUAACUAAGGAACAACAAAGCUUCUUCCAGAAAGCUCCACUGGAAGGUAAAUUAAAAUAGGUGUUUUUUCCAUUGGUAACAAUGUCGUUACACUCUGCAAACCAAAAGCCAGUGGGUGGCGUUGGAUUGGACUUCAUCUUCUUAAUAACACAACUCCAGCUCCCACCCCACGCCCUGGCUUCCUCAGACCCCUUCGGCCAGCCCAGCAAUGUGAAUAGAGCACCUGGGUACAACGCCACCUGUCUGGGACCACGUUUUGGUGGCCCGCAGGUGGCCUUUCGCAGCUUCAGACGACAUGGAACAAAUGAAGGUUUUAUGUGACUCUAAUAGAAGUGUGGAUGGGUGUUGCUCAGAACCACUUCUGAUUACGUUUAGGUGUUCGUUUUUAUGGUAAAAUUCCUCCCUUUUGAUUAAACGCAAAGGCGUUUUUUCAUGUGCAGAGAGUCGGGCCUGCGCAUGCUUCUGAGCAUCCCUCAAAUCAAAGGCUCCAUCUUAACUAAAAUUGCCAUGAUUUGCGUUGCAGACAAAAGUGCUUUAAAAUAGAGAUCACUUGCUCUAGUGUUAGAAGAAGGUGUCAAAGUGACAAGCACAGGGGAGGGGGGCGAGGGGGGAGAGGUUUGUUGCUUAUAUAUGCAAAGGAGCCAAUCUCAAAAGCACAAGGGAAAAAAGUACAUCUACCUUAUUUUAUAGAGAGAAGGAUAGUUUGCUUUUGUUACUCUUUUUAGUGUGUCAGAGGUAAAAGAUUAGAGAGGAGGCAUCCGUCAAGUUAAUUUAAAUUUUCUUUUAAAAAUAGGCAAGUGUAACCUACAGAGGGGACAGCGGAGAGAUUCAGUGGAAACCACAAAAUAUAGUGGCAGCUGUGACUUAUUAUUCUAGAAUACAUAGAGAUGGAGGAUGUAUGUGUUCAGUGACCAUUUCCCACCGAAGGCAUGCUGACUCAUUUUUAUCCUCGUGCUGUUCAAGUCACUGUUUAAUUUAUUAAUUUUUCUUUCCUGUAGCACUUGUGCAAAACAUCUCUUUACCUACUUAGCUUUCCAGGGUUUUAGCUGUGGAGCAACAUGGGUACAAUCAUCGACAGGGCUGGUAUUCCUUAGCAGUACAAGUAUAGUGAAGUUUCCAGUCGCACACAUGCCUCUCAACUCGAUUCAUGUACAUUUCCUUAUUGUGGUUUUUUUUUUUUGCUGCUUAGAAAUUCCAUGGUGGUCAGGAAAGAAUUUGGAAGUACUUUCCCCAUGAAAUUAAAAAAAAAAAAAAAAAAAAAAA